AUGAUCAGGCUGGCGCGGGCGAAGCCUAUCGUCCUCGCCGUCAUUGCAUUGUCAAUAUGCAUUAUAUACCUAUAUUAUACCCCGAAUAAAGAAGCCCCGGCCCCCAAAAUACCGGACCGUAUUAUCGAUCAUCCUCUGGUAGACCGACAAAUGGAGUUUUGGAGUGCCUUUCAUCCAAUUCUAAACCUUCACAAUCCCUUCUGCCCACCUUCCACAGAUAAAAUUGGGGUGGGCGCCUUAGCCUUCGAUGCCAAAAAUGAAAUUCCUCGGCCUGAUCUGUUGCAAUUAACAGAAGAGUGCGAGUGGGCGAUGACCUCCAGCCAUUCUUCUUUUAUACAGGAUAUUCGAAGUGCUAAGGAUGAUUUAAAACCUGUUCACACGGCGGGGACGCGAGGAUUGGUAUCUGCUGCAGGUAGAGAGUAUCUACCUGUUUUUGUUGCCUCAUUACGUAUGCUUCGCCGGACAGGAUCGACAUUACCCGUUGAGUUGUACAUGCACGAUGCAACAGAGUACGAAAAAAAGAUCUGUGACGAGGUGCUUCCGGCAUUGAAUGCGCAAUGCUUCGUGCUGAGCGACGUGUUAGAGACCCAAAUUGAGCAGCAAUUUCAAAUAAAGGUCUUUGCAAUUCUCCUUUCGUCCUUUGAGGAGGUCGUCUGGAUGGAUGCGGAUUGUUUCCCUCUUUUCAAACCCGAGGAGCUACUCGACUCGGACCCCUUCAAUUCCACUGGUUUGGUAAUUUGGCCCGACUUCUGGUAUUCCUCGACAGCUCCUAUUUACUACAAGGUUUCAAAUCAAGAGGUUCCAGCCAUGAUAGCCCGCCAGUCUUCAGAGACCGGUUUCAUCCUCGUGUCCAAAAAGUCCCACUUCCUGUCUCUCUUGCUCUCGGCCUACUACAACUACUAUGGUCCAUCUCACUACUAUCGACUUUUCACCCAGGGAGCCCCUGGCGAAGGCGACAAAGAGACAUUUCUGCAGGCUGCUUCCGUAAUGGGUGAACCCUUCUACACUGUCAGUGAAAGUGUCCAGAGGAUCGGGCAUUCGCGAGGUAAAGAAAAUCUAGUCGGUUUUGGCAUGGCCCAAUCAGAUCCGCGCGAAGAUUACGCCCUCACACAGCAGGGCAAAUGGCGUGUCAAAGAUCCAUCCAUCGCCCCGGCGCCCCGGAUGUUCUUCAUUCAUGCAAAUUAUCCAAAAUUCAACGUGGGAACUGGAAUACUUAAUCCGAACCGCGAUUCAAGUACCGCUACCACGAACACUGAUGGCUCCUUCGGACGCAUAUGGACUGAACCCGCCGAUGCUAUACGGCGGUUUGGCUGGGAUGCCGAGAAGGCCUACUGGGAAGAAGCCAAGUGGGUUACUUGCAAUUUCCCAUUUGAUUUCAAAACUUGGGAAGAUAAGAAUGAUCUUUGCGAUCAGGUCGAUGAAUAUUACGAGUACGUUUUUGCCCAACCGCAUGACGAUGAUCCGCAGUUUACAUAG